GGCUGGUGCCAACUUUCCGUGCGAGCUUGGUUGAGUCUAACUUUCUGCAGCCCCUUAUUUAACAGCGGAUUCAAUAUGGGUGGUAUUUCCUUUGUUUGGACUUGUGAAGACCGCUAGGCUAGAAUGUAGCUCCGUAGGAGAGUUCGGCUUACCUUGAAACAGGCAGAGUUGGGCCUAAAUGAGCACCAUCAAAAUGAGGUUAUUAAUUACAUGCGUUUCGCUCGUUCAAAGAGAGGCUUGAGACUUAAAACAGUAGAUUCCUGCUUUCAAGACCUCAAGGAGAGCAGACUGGUAGAGGAGACGUACACCGUGGAUGAGGUCACAGAAAUCCUGAGUGGACUGCAGGCUGUGGUCCACAGUGAGGUGGAGUCUGAGCUCAUCAAUACAGCCUAUACCAAUGUGCUUCUCCUACGGCAGCUGUUCUCACAAGCUGAGAAAUGGUACCUAAAGCUACAGACAGACAUCUCUGAACUUGAAAACAGAGAAUUAUUAGAACAAGUGGCUGAAUUUGAAAAGGCAGAAUUUACAUCUUCAAAUAAAAAGCCCAUCAUAGAUAUCACAAAGCCCAAACUUAUUCCAAUUAAUGAAGGUGGAACAACAGAACUGCUAAACAAGGAAAUUUUAAGACUUCAACAAGAGAAUGAAAAAUUGAAGUCAAGGCUGAAGACCAUUGAAAUACAGGCUACAAAUGCUUUGGAUGAGAAGUCAAAAUUGGAAAGGACACUUCAAGAUUUACAGCUUGAUCAAGGAAAUGAACAGGAUUUUAUAAAGGCCCAUGACUUGGAUGACUUGGAAAACACAGUCGCAGCUCUUAAGAACGAAUUUCAGAAAACCCUUAAUGAUAAGACAGAGAACCAAAAGUCUUUGGAGGAGAACCUAGCAGCAGCCAAACAUGACCUCCUCAGAGUCCAGGAGCAGCUGAGCAUGGCUGAAAAGGAGUUAGAGAAAAAAUUCCAACAAACAGCAGCAUAUCGAAACAUGAAAGAAAUUCUCACCAAGAAGAAUGAUCAAAUCAGAGACCUACGGAAAAGACUGGCAAGAUAUGAAUCUGAAGAUUAAAGACUGAAGGUUUUGUCUAGAACCUGCCACACAUAAACAUACAAGUUGUCUCCAUCCACCUCAGGCAUGUAUUUUGAAGCCUUUUGUCAUAUUCUCUCCUUUUUCUAGUGUUUAGACUUUGCUUGUAAUACUAGAAUUAGCAUUCUUGUCUUUAGUUCUCUAACCAAGAAGAGAAAAACAGUAAUGAUUUUUUGUUGUCCCAAACAUCUGUCUGUCAAAUGCUCUAGAAUCUCUUGCAAGUACAGUGAGAUUUCUUCUGUCUGUCAAAUGCUCUAGAAUCUCUUGCAAGUACAGGGAGAUUUCUUCAUGGUAGAAAAGAGUUUAGAAUGGGAACAAGAGCCACCCUUUUGCAUUAGGGAGAAGAGGAACCCUUUUAAUGUUAGAGAUUUACAAAUAAACCUCUUAUUUUUAAUAAUGAAAUUCUAGUUAAUUUAUUCUAUCUCAUCUUCAAAAUGUAUAAACUCAUGGAAAAUAUGUUUACUGUCUGCUGUAGUCAACAUUUUUAAUCAGUUAUAAGGGAAAGUGAGUGCAGUAAAUGUGAAGACUCAGUUAACCUUUGCUCCUCUCUGUCACGAUGCUGCUUAUCAAAAGAGAUGCAGGCAUUUUCACGGGUAUGUGUUGUGGGUGGAGAAGUCAGAUUUAUCCUGUGCUUUCAUAGUUUAGAAAGCAGGUGGACUCAGAGUAUAUGCAAUCUUUAGACUUAUUUCCAGAAUAUCCUUUUAACCUAUAUGUAAAUUAUAAAAAAACUCUGACUCAACAGAAAGUCAGCGACAAGGUUCCAGGUUGGACUUUGGGUCAUAGUUUGUAUAUGGUAGAUAAAUGGUGUUUUCAAGAGAUUUUAGUAUUUCUAUUGGUUUGCUUUUCCUUGGCUGAUCAUAUAUAAAGUAUUAGAAACAGGACACAUAUACCUGCAGUGUGUAGUGCAGUGUUGUGGUACACAAAUAAAUAAAGACCACAAGGCAGUUAAACCUCAGAAGGAAAGCAUUUACCUUUCACCUGUUACCAUGGAAGUUUUCCCAUUUCUCAAAACAUGUCACAUCCUGUGUGAACAACCUGAGAAAGGAUCUCCACCUCCACAAAUAGGGAACUUAUUCCUAGAAAGAGUGUACCGAUAAAAACUUACAUCUGUUAUUUUCACUCAAACUUUUAGUACUAGAUUUGAAUGUACUGUGGGGUUUUGUAGGCUUUGUUAAAAUACUAAAGGAACAAAUAACAGUGAGAUAAUUUCUCCCUGAAAAAGCAGGGAAGGCAAUCUUAGAAGAUGAGUGAAUUGGCAAAGAAGAGAAAAAAAUAGAGUAACAAGCCAGCAUUUCCCACACACUUUUUCUCAUCCAUCUAUCUAUAAUUGGAUCACUCAUCAGAUUCUUGUAGGGUGCUCACUGAGGGCUCUAGUUUUACCCUGUAUUUCUUUAGCCCAACCCUAACUAAAAGUCCAUCUUGUCAUUUGUAGACUAGGAUGUUCUAAGUCAGAAACCAGAACUUCUAACUAAAUGGAAAAUGUUUCUUUCAGAAACUGUUUAGUUAUAUUCUGCCUACAGCUUUCUCAGUUUAAUGUCAGAAAGAAAGACUUAUUAAACAGCCUGUAAAACAUUGCUGGGUAAAAGUUUAUUUAUGUUUGUUGGUAGGGGUUUUGAAAUAGUCUGUGUUGUGUGUUAUACUUGUUGAAUAAUAAAUUCAAAAGUAUUUAUGAAACCUUAAACUCUCUUAAGCAGUAAGAUAAACAAAUAGGCCACAUAAAUCAAUGCAAUGCUUCUUUUACUUACACCAUUUACUGCUUCUGGGUUUUUUGCUGUACUGAUUUCUUUUUACACUCAUACCGCUCAGCAAAAUGUGAUUUUAAAUGUUUAUUUUACUUGGUUUCCCAGUUUUAAGAUUUACCUCAUUUGACUAAAAAAGCCAGUUUAGUCUAUACAUUUUAGCCCUUUAGUCUUGAGUAAGCUGUUAAUGUUCUGGUAACUGUGGACAGUUUGAGCUGGUAAGCCAUCUUAAUGAAGCUCCUGGCCAGGGUGCAGCAUUUAACCUACCAUACAUGAGGCCCUGGGAUCAGCUCCCACACUGUGAAACAAAAGCAAAAUAAAUAAAAUGCAGCUAAUAUCUUUAAUUUGACAGU